UCCGCGUCCCCCACGGGCACUGCCCCCAGCAGGUGGGCCCCUCCCCCGCCCCCAGACGGCCUCUCCCUGCCUGUUCCCCUCAGGCCCCGCCCUCCCCGGGCUGCCCUCGGCGUGCCCCGCCGCCUCCCCUCAGUCUCCCGCGGUCACCUCAGCUCCUCUGCGUCCCCGCCGUGCCCCCAGUGCCCCGAGGCCCCCAGUCCGCUAGGGUCCCUUGGUCCUGUGCAUGGCGCGCGCAGCGGAGCCCGAGCGGCGGCUCCUGGCUGUCUACACCGGCGGCACCAUCGGCAUGCGGAGCGAGCGCGGCGUGCUCAUCCCCGGGAGGGGCCUGGCCGCCGUCCUGCGGACACUGCCCAUGUUCCACGAUGAGGAGCACGCCCAGGCCUGUGGCCUCCCCGAGGACACGCUGGUGCUGCCGCCCGCACGCCCCGACCAGAGGAUCCUCUACACAGUGCUGGAGUGCCAGCCCCUCUUCGACUCCAGUGACAUGACCAUCACUGAGUGGGUUCAGAUUGCCCAGACCAUCGAGAGACACUAUGAGCAGUACGACGGCUUCGUGGUCAUCCACGGCACUGACACCAUGGCCUUCGCUGCCUCCGUGCUCUCCUUUGUGCUGGAAAACCUGCAGAAAACGGUCAUCCUCACCGGUGCCCAGGUCCCCAUCCAUGCCCUGUGGAACGACGGCCGCGAGAACCUGCUGGGGGCCCUGCUCAUGGCCGGCCAGUAUGUGAUCCCCGAGGUCUGCCUGUUUUUCCAGAAUCAGCUGUUUCGGGGCAACCGAGUGACCAAGGUGGACGCGCGCCGGUUUGCCGCCUUCUGCUCCCCCAACCUGCCGCCUCUGGCCGUCGUGGGCGCUGACGUCAUAAUCACCCGGGAGCUGGUGCGGAAGGUCCGAGGGCCGGAGCGGCUGGUGGUGCACAGCAGCAUGGAGCGUGACGUGGGCCUGCUGCGUCUCUACCCUGGGAUCCCCGCCGCCCUGAUGAGGGUCGUCCCAGGAGCUGACGCUGGUGGCCGGGACUGCUGGACAGGGAUCCCACGCUCAAGGCUCUCACCACCAGGCGGGUCCUGGCCUGUGAGGGUUCGGGCCUUCCUGCAGCCUCCCCUGAAGGGCGUGGUCAUGGAGACCUUUGGCUCAGGGAACGGACCCACCAAGCCCGACCUGCUGCAGGAGCUGCGGGCAGCGGCUGAGCGAGGCCUCGUCAUCGUCAACUGCACCCACUGCCUUCAGGGCGCUGUGACCUCGGACUAUGCAGCCGGCAUGGCCGUGGCGGGUGCAGGCAUCGUCUCGGGCUUUGACAUGACGUCGGAGGCUGCCCUGGCCAAGCUGUCCUACGUGCUGGGCCAGCCGGGGCUGAGCCUGGACAGCAGGAAGGAGCUGCUGGCCAGGGACCUCCGGGGGGAGAUGACGCUGCCCGCGGUGGAUGAGCACCGGCUCCCUCUGCCGGACAGCAUGCUGGGCCACGGGGUAGCCCAGCUCCUCAGUCUGAGCCAGGGGGCUAAUGCCGUGCGGGACGUCCUAAUGCCCAGCCUGGCCUGUGCCGCGGCCUACGCCGGCGACCUGGAGGCCCUGCAGGCGCUUGUGGAGCUGGGCAGUGACCUGAGCCUGGAGAACUUCAACGGUCAAACUCCGCUGCACGCGGCCGCCCGGGGAGGCCACGCCGGGGUGGUCACCAUGCUGCUGCAGAGUGGGGUGGACGUGAGUGCCCGAGACGAGGACGGCCUCAGUCCGCUGCUGCUGGCCGUGAGGGGCAGGGCAGAAUCUGGGCAGAUUGACUCAGCUUCCCCAGACCCAGCCCUGGUUGGGAGCCUACUGGUGGGUGUGUGCAGUGGGGCCACAAGCUUGGUGUGGAGACUGUCCUCCAGGACAAGCUGUCCCCAGGCACCCACAGGAAGCCUUAGGGCCCCAGCGUGGGCCGGGGGGGGGGCCACGGUGGGGCCUCUCUCUGUGGAUGGAGUUGCUGCUCAGCCAGGGCUGACCCACGCCCCUGGGUGGGGCCCAGUGCUGGGGACUGAGGGCACCAGGGUGUCAUUGGGCUGCUGCGGGCAGCCGGGGCCCGCCUGUCCCCCCAGGAGCUGGAGGACGCAGGGACCGAGCUGUGCAGGCAGAAACAGCUGGGAACCUGGAAGUGGUGACCCUUCUGCAGAGCCUCCAGGGUGGGGUUGGUGCCCAGGCCCCCGGCCCAGCUACCCUGUGACACACCUUACCACAGCAGUGGAGGGCGCCAGCCAUGGCCAAGAUGUUCCUCGAGCCUGGAGGGGACCUCAGAUCUCUCUACUGCACCCCAGGACCCACUGGGCUGGGUGCUCCUGCCUGCCUUCCAGGCUGGAUGGCCCAGGCCCCCAGCUGACACCUCCAUCCCCUACGCCGUCAUCUGGCGCUCCAGAAGACGCUCAAGGCUGGCUGGGUUUGCUCGGGUCCUCGGGUCCCUGCCUUGUGAAAGGCUGGGCCCCACCAAGGAGGUGCCCGGGCUUGUCUGUCCGCCCUGCCCCCAUACGCUGCCUGGGCCUCCACUUGCUCUCAGGAGAGAGGUCCCAGGAGACCUCACAUUUUCAGGAAGUGCUGCCUGCUGUCUAACCUGAAGCUGUCCUGCUGCAGCAUAAGCCAUACCUUCCUGCUGUGACCUGCUGGAGGAAUCGCAAGCCCCCACCCAUGGCUCUGACUGUGAUGUGCCCCUGCUGCUGGGACGCUUCUCCUUCUGUUUCCAAGAAAGCCUAAAGGUCUUUGUUGGGCAGAGUGGCAAUAAAGUCCCUCUGGGGACCACUCCCUCCCUAGGUCACCAAAGCCUGGCUCCAGUGGGUCUGUUGGGUCCCAGGCUUCUGGUCAAAGGGCGGUGUCUUCAGCACCCUGGGGGUGAGGGACGCCCAGCCAGUCCUUCCUGAGGCAGCAUGAGUGUGAGUGUGAGCCAGGCCCGAGGGGGCAGGGGCGGGCCAGCUGGCCCCUCCCCCACUUUCCUGCCUCCUGGCCUUUGCUCAGGCUGUUCCCUCCUCCAGACAACCUCUGCCCCAUCUCCUCUCCUCCGAAUCCUCAUUCUUGAAGCUUGGAGUCACCUCCUCCAGGCAGCCCCCCACCCAUAUCUGCUCCUACUUAAUUGUCCUCACACAGACCAUCUCUCUCCUCCUUACCGUCCCUCUCGGUUGCUGUCUAGUUUUCACAGGGGCCUCUGCAGUAUGCUGGCCCCUCUGCAUGGUUCAUUCCAGCCCCUGAUCUGCCCAUAGCCCCUAACUAACUACCCAUUACAAACCAGGCCCACCCAGGCCACCUGCCUGGG